AUGGUUGAUACACGCGAUAUUCCACUCGGCAUCGAUUUGGGUACCACGAACUCAGGCAUCGCCUAUCUUGAACGAGGACAGCCGGUUAUGAUCGCCAAUGAGCUGGGUCACUACACCAUUCCCAGUGUGGUAUCGUUCACAGACACGGAGAGAUUAGUUGGCGAUGCUGCUGCAAAUCAAGCUGGGUGCAAUCCGAAGAACACAAUUUUUGAGAUGAAGCGACUGAUUGGACGGAGGAAAGACGAUCCGACAGUGGUCAAUGAUAUUAAGGCCUGGCCCUUCAGUGUCAUUUCUGAUUCUUCCAUGAAACCCCAGAUUCGUGUUCGAUAUAGCGGCACUGAAAGGGACUUUUACCCAGAAAAUAUUUCUGCUAUGGUUCUGUCCCAACUGAAACAGACUGCCGAGAGCCAAUUGGGUCAUCCGGUGUCCAAGGUGGUCAUCACAGUUCCUGCUGCCUUCAAUGAUGCUCAACGCCAGGCGACACAGGACGCCGGUCGAAUGGCUGGCUUCGAGGUGCUCCGCGUCAUCAACGAGCCGACGGCUGCGGCUCUAGCCUAUGGCUUUUCCAACAGGAUCGAGGAACGUGAAAAUCGUUGUGUGCUUGUCUUCGACUUUGGUGGAGGCACCUUUGACGUGUCCAUUUUGCGCAUGCGCAACAAAGAAUAUGAGGUGGUUCGCUCAGUGGGUGACGUGCAUCUCGGUGGUGGUGACAUAGACAAUCGCCUGUUUCAGCACUUUCAAGCUAAACUGGGGGAAAUGCAUUCUGAAUUUUCGUACUACACAACUCGUGACAACCAAACAGAAGCAUGUAUUCAAGUAAUUGAGGGAGAGAACCGAGACACUGCUAAAAAUAUCGAACUUGAUAAUUUUGUGAUAGGUGGAAUACCAAAAGCUCCAGCCAGAAAGGAGGGCAUCGAUGUCACAUUUGUAGUUGAUGCAAAUUGCAUUCUGGAGGUUACAGCAUGCGUCGUCUCUACUGGUCAAUCUAAGGGGAUUGUGAUUAAGAGGAACCGAAAACAAUUCACGGACGAGGAAAUACGCCAACACCGCAACAUGGAGGAAGACAUGCAGCGUAGAAGCCAGCGGCACGCACGAAGGCAAAAGCUGGUCACAACCCUCCAGGAAAAGGCUUACGCUCUGCAGAAACAGCCAGCUCUCGAGGCAAAGUGUCAAGGUGUGCUUCGUUGGCUUGAAAGCAGUGAGAAUGCAAGUGACGAGGAAAUUGAAGCAAAAAUUCGAGAAUUUGAACAAAUAGAAGAAGCGAGGAACCGAGCUCGGCAUGAGCUUGAGGAACUCGCUGACAGUCUUCGCUCGAAUGCAGCUGUGCGCGAGGAGUGCGACGAGAUCCGACGGUGGAUGCAGGAAACCGCCAGAACAGCCAGUGAGGCAGAUUACAAGGACCAAAUUGCUCGAUUGAAGCAACUGUCACAAAAACGCAAGUCGCGUGCGAGAGAUCGACUGGAGACUAGGCUUCGGGAAACCCACGACAAGUUCCUUGAUUCCGAGGAGAUCCAGGAAUUGUGCCAGGCGACACAGACCUGGUUGGAUGAAAGUGGUGACAAAGCUAAUGAGGACGACUUUUUGGAUAAAUUGGACGAACUGACUACCGCAUUGCAGGAUAUUUUCCUUAAAAGUUAG